AUGGAACCGAGCACGAGACAGUGUACACAAUCCCUUGAUAGGUACAGAAAUGAAUACCUCGCAGCUUUUACUGCAACCCUAUCUUUGGUGGCAACUGUAUCUGCUGCCGGUUGGUCUUCGCCAGCCAUUCCUGCACUCAAACAGGACGAUUCACCCGUCCCGAUUACAGCGGACGAAGGUUCGUGGAUAGUAGCUAUUCUUUCAAUCGGAUCGCUCUUCGGUCCCGUCAUCACCGGUGCAGUGAUCGACAAUUACGGGCGGAAGCUUACGCUCUUAUUGUCGGUUAUCCCUUUGUCUAUUGGUUGGAUAAUGAUCGCCUUGGCGGAGCACGUACAUGUUAUCUACAUGGCCCGCUUUCUUCAUGGAAUCUCAUAUGGUACUGCCUACUCCGCGGCUCCUAUCUAUUUGGGAGAAAUAUCUUCAACAGCAAUACGUGGCUCUACAGGUGUACUGGUUACAGUUAUGGCUAAGCUUGCAUUUUUAAUACAAUACAGCAUUGGCCCUUUUGUCGAGAUUAAAUCUCUUGCUUGGAUUUCGCUGAGUUUUCCUGUAAUCUUCAUGAUGCUGUUCUACUGGAUGCCUGAAUCACCAUACUACUUGUUAUCGAAAAACAAUGAUACUGAAGCUCUCGCUAGUCUCUGUUGGCUACGAAGGCGUGAAGAACAUUCAGAAGAAAUAGGACGAGAAUAUAGUGCGAUAAAAACUGUUGUUGAAAAAAAUCAACAUAUAAAAACUAGUGUGAGGGAACUUUUUGCCAAAUCAAAUCGUAAAUGUUUGAUAAUUGUUCUACUGAUGUCAUGCGGUAUGCAAUUUACUGGUAUCAAUGCCCUUUUGGGCUAUUCACAAACAAUAUUUUCAAAACUGCAUAUGGGCUUUCAGGCCACCGAAUUAUCUAUAAUUCUAGCAGUUUUGCAGUUAUUGGCAGUGAUUGUACCAACAUUCGUAAUCGACAAAGCUGGACGUCGACCUUUGCUGUUGAUUUCUUGUGGAGGAUCUUUUUCGGGGUUAGUAAUUAUUAGUGUUUAUUUUACUUUAGAUGCCUUCGACUACUCUGUUCAGUAUUUAGGUUGGGUACCUUUCCUGGCUACAAUGACUUUUAUCAUAGCAUUCGCAAUAGGUUUAGCAACGGUACCAUUCGCCAUUCUCGGUGAGAUUUUUCCAAAGCACAUCAAGGCUCAAGCAAAUGCAAUGUUUGCAAUCGUAACUUCUGUGGCCGUUUUUACCGUAGUGAAAUUAUUCCAGGUUGUCUCAGAUGGUGUAGGAACAUACGUUUCGUUUUGGGCAUUUAGUAUAUGUACGGCAGUGACAGCUGUGUUGAUUUACUUUAUCAUACCGGAGACAAAAGGGUUGUCAUUCGAGGAAAUACAGAUGAUUAUGACUAAGCGCUCACGCCGCUAGUGCAUCUAGAAAAUUAUUUUCUGGAACGGAUCAAAAAAAAAAAACUCCACGUGCAGACGACGUGGCUUUACAUACAAACCUCUCGUUACCGUGUAAAAUAUUAUGUGAUUCAAUUUCUAGACAAAAUUUAUUUAUUCAUUCUGUUUUGUUUAUUUUUCUUAUUUGACCAUUUAGCCAUUGAGGUUAGGUGGUUUUCAUAGGGUGGGGAAAAGCCCACUUUAGAUUGCUAAGAACCAGUCUCAGUCGGGUAUAAAAACCCCACCAGUAUUACGUACAAUAACAUUCAGUAAUAAACAUUUAAAAUUUAGCAUUUAACAAUUAGAAUUUGACAUAUAACAUUCGACAUUCAACAAUUAACAUUAGGGCAGCAUACAAACAUUAAAAUUUGUCGAAGAACCUAUUUUUAAACUAUCACUAGGAACACAAAAGUCAAAAUGUACAUACAUACUGUUAAAUAAUCUACAUAUCGCUCUGAUUGGUUCAUUUUGUCCGUAUACAGUAUGCUGGAAGU